GAACGGCCCUCCAGUCCAAUCCCACCCCCAAUACCAACAGCAAAUAAAUGCCUUUAUCCCACGCCCGCUGCACCAAUGCGCAGCCGUCCAUGGCACAGUUUUUACUGUGAAUUCUUCGCCCAUCGCUAUUUGAUCCUCACACCUGCCUCGUGUGAGCCCACGACCAUUCUCCACGACUCGACGACUGCACGCUCCAAGCUCUCAGCCUAAAUCUCGGACGUUGCUGCAAAAUAUAUUUGCGCGCCCACGAUACAUUUAAUUAUACAUGCCUCCGCUGCGCUAGCCGCCCACUGAAUCCUGCUGCGGUAUUCUUUUAGUUUCCCCCGCUCCGGCCGUUGUCGCCCUUUCACUCCCGCCAUGUCGCGCAACAACUGGCGACAGCACGAGUCCAGCAACAGCAGCACCACGGCGUCUGCCCGCAGCGACAGUGACCGCUCCUCCGAGACUGAACCCACCGAAUACAGCUUCCGCCCGCCGCUCCCCCAGCAUGAGACGUGCUAUGGCCGCGUCGAAGGCCGCGGCCAGGAAUACUUCGACUACGAUCCUCCUGCAUCUUCGACCGCCCGUGCCUCGGUCGACACGUACGCCUCAACCUCCGAAGAAGACCUGGCCGACGACUUCGACGACGUGCCCGAGUACGACGUGCCCCAGUACGCUCACGACGUGUUCCCCGUCGACGCCAUUCCCACGACCCCCUGCGACUUUGCCGACCUCUUCCCUACCACUAAGCGCAUCUCGAUCCGUCACGACGACUCCACAAUCGACGGGAACAUGAACCUACGCGUCGACACCCAAGUCGAGAUGCGCCACAAGAAACAGAAUUGCACUCUCUUCCACCUCCGCAUGCACGACCUACGCACCCGCGAGUUCUCCCUGCGCCGCUACUGUCGGGAGUCUGGUCGCGAGGUCUGCCACUCGAUUCGCAAGUACCAGAAGCUGCCCUCGGAGAAGCGGCCGGUACUACAGAGGGCUAGCACCGCGCUCGCAAGCCUCCGGCACAAACCCGACUCCCGACCUUCGACCGCCGCAGGCCUCAAGCGCUCUGAUUCAGGCUAUGAGUCGAUGGCCGGCGCAGAAGACGAGCAUGACUCGCGCCCCAAGUCGGCGGGCUAUGCCAAAGGCCGUGCGUUGCUGCCUACCAACACCCUCAAGCUCGAAUUCUCAAACUACGCUCACAUCGACGUCAAGAGACGGGGCGCCAAGUCCAACAAACGCUAUGGUUUUGAGUACUGGGGCCACGCAUAUUCCUGGAAGCGAGUAGUGAAGAAGAAUGGCGACCAUGAGAGCGUGUCCUACUAUCUGGUCCGCGCCGACAACGAAAAGCAGCCACUUGCCCACAUCAGUCCUGUGAAAAUGACCCACGACCAGGCUCAUGAGGAGGCAGCAAGAGGUGGCUGGAUUCCGCCUUGCUAUAUGCGUAUGACGGAUGACCGCCUUCUGAACGCUGCUACCGACAUCUCCGAUGUUGUUGUUGCAACUGGACUCAUUGCGCUGGUGGACGACUGCAUCAAGCGUCGGUUCCACACCAAGCAGAGCACUCAAUUGCAUAUACCACUAAUGCGGAAUGCGUCCUUCAAAAUGAAUAUGGAGUACGUUGGUCCCAAGCGUCUGAUCGAUGAGGUGUUCCAUCGGACCAGCCGCAGUGGGCCCCCAAGUAGGCAUCCGCCAGCAUUACGCCGGACGUCAAUAGGGGCUUAGUUUCGCUCCCUUUGUGAUCAUGGUUGGAUCAUGGGAGACCCGUCUCAAUGGCGCGCAGCCCAACAUGGUGGAAAUUUAGAUUCGAUUUUCGUACAUACGGUUCCACUGUGUUCUUGCUAGCUGUCAAGACUACAUCGCCGGGCCCUAUCGGUGCGAUGUUUGAGUGGUUUUUUUCCUUGUCACAUCAGCAUCUGCAUGGGAAGCAUCGGCGUUAGCGUUUGGGUCUGCAUGGCACCGCACUGAGACAAAGUGUUUGCUGCAUCUCUUGAGAUGAAUUGAAUCGGCAAAAAUGUGGCCACGAUGGCAUGGGUGCAUCUGGCACCCACAUUCAAUUCUAUUUCCUCACUCCGUUUGCAUAUAUAGCUACUCUAGGGCGAAUGAUGAAUAUACGUUCGAGCUC